GCGGAGUGAGACAGAGCGGCCAGUGCACCAUCCCACGUGACUAGCAGAGGACCCAGAAUUGUCAGUGACCCCAGCAGGUAGUAUGCAGUGGCACCCUGGAGAAUGGAGGAAGAUCAAAAACCCACAGCAGGUUAGUUAAGUUUGGCGAACGCAAUGUGAGCACUUUUGCUUGUGGUAGAGAGGAAAGGUUGUGCAACAUCGGCAAGGAAAGAGCAGGAAAAAAAGGAACAGGGUUUUGAACGUUUUUUUCUUUUUUCUACAAAAAUUGCUUUGGUGAAAUUGGCUAAUCGCUGCCCAUAGUCUUAACAAUUUUCUGUUCAACGAUGCCACGUCAAAAAAAAUCAUGCAUGUUGGAGCAGUCGUCAUUUGGGCAAGAAGAACUCUACUAUAUGGUUGAGUUUCUUACAAAACAAAGAUAUGACAAUCUUCCAACAGGGACACGCUACACUAGCACAAUUAAAAGACGUAUUAUGGUAGCAUUGUCUAAUAGGUUGGAGCACAAAUGCGGAGUUAAGAGGAGCGUCCGUCAACUCCAAAAGCGCUGGUCGGACAUGAAGAGAAGGGAAGCUGAUUUUUUGCUGCAAGUGCAGAUGGACAUAAAUAGAAAGAGAAAUCACAAGGACGUAGAAGAAUUGGCUACAGUUACAGCUACAGAAGGGAAUGUGAUAGAAGCAGCAGGAAUGACUGAUUACACUGAUGUGGAAGCUGUAGCCUUUGAACAGCCUGAUGUUACGAUCACCAUAAUCCCAAAGGAUGAAGAGCCAGAUACAGUGGUGCUUGAUGACUUUGCUCCUCAUGAACACUUGCAGGCAGCAUACAAGGUAGAUGAACAUGUUCAGGAAGAGUAUUGUGCUGCAAAAGUUGCCCAAAAUGAGGAGGAAGGGACAGCAAUUGCAGUACAAGGUCUUGUUGAAGAGUACAAACAAAGUUCCCCCUGUACUUGUGGAACCCUCCAAAAAAUUUAUAAAGAGUUGGUUCAACAGGGCCAAAGACUCCGGAACCUGGAAGAGAAAGUGAAUCUGCUUCUACUUAAGUAAUGCCCAUUACCAUUGACUUUCAGGAUUAUAUACUAAAGUGAAAAUUGAAAGGGAAUUUUAAAUUUAAGGCCAAAGUAGACGAACUGGAAGUAUAGUUGAUUUUUUUUUUUUUCCGGUUUGGCUGUUUUGACCUUAAAUUUGAAGUUCUCUUUGAAUUCUCAACAUAAACCUUGUUUACAUUUUGCUAUUGCACAUUGCACAUUGUCAUUGUUCUCACACGGUCACUUGAAUUAUUUUUUUACCCAUAAUGUAAAUAUUUCUUAUUUCUU